CAACAUGGGCCUAAUGAUUAUUUGAAAACGAUCGGCUCUCGUACGCAUACAACGUCUCAACUCGCAGGUCGCAAUCAGCUAUGCUAUCAUUUGUUAGUUCUUUUACCUUAGUGAUAGUUCUGUUUUUCUUUCUCGAAUUAACAAGUUAUUCAAAGUCCAUUCGUUUGUUCAAUUGUUAUAAUCAGUCCACCGUUCGAAAUCAUUCAUCGCGCAUUCAAAGUGAAUAUUUUUCGUGUUGGUUUUUUCGGUUCGCAUGUAUAGUGUGGUUAGGUGUUUAAAAAAACUUUAGAAUCGACUCACAUUUUGUAAAUAAAUAAUCUGUAAAAAAAAAUCAUGUCCGUUUACAAAGAGACAUGUAAUGAUUUAUCGUAUCGAAUCAAUAAUUUGGAAAAGGAGAUAAUAAAACGAGAGCAUUCAAUGUGCGCGACUGAAGCAAAAAUAUUUAACGAAGAUCUUAUAUCCAUUCACGAGACAUUAAUAGAAAAUGAAAACAAAUAUAAAACAACAACUCCCAAUACCUAUUUCUGUACGGACUACUUCGCUUCGGAUAUGCGUGUGAUCCAUUUGAAGACGACAACUCUGAAAAUAAAAUUGGCGAAAAUCAUAUCAUCGUUCGAAUCAAAAUCAUCAGCAGAAGCCCACGUAGGCAAUCAAUCCCAUCCAGCAAAACAGUCCGAAACUGAGAAAAAUGCAGACUUACAAAUCCGAAAACAACGUUUUCUAAUCAAACGAAUCGAAUUGCUGGAAAUACCCGAUGGUAUUUGUGCAAUAAAAUCAGAAGUACUGUACAACCACCUUACUCAACUUUACGACUCGUUUAUCUCAAAUCAAAUCCAGAUCGAAGCAGGCACCGACGACGAUACCACUCUCGAUAAUCAACAAAAAAUUACCACGGAAAUCCAACGAAAAGUAAUCGAUUUUCAAACGAAACUGAGAAAAAUCAUGCAACCGAUCGCAUCAACUUCAUCGACAGAAUCCAACAUCAAUAUCGAUCGUUCAAUUCAGCCAACACCGAUCGACACCAGAGCCAAUUUAGACUCGUUAUUCCAAAAGCGAGAAUCAUUAAUCAAACGAAUGUCUUUGUUGGAAUCUAAAGAUGAUCUUAGCCCACAAAAAGCUGAAGUAAUGUACAAUUAUCUCGAUUCGCUCUACGAAUCCUUCAAUUCAAUCCAAAGUGAAGUCGAAUCACGAGUCAGCGGCCCAAUACUUGAUAGCCAGUUGGAAAUUUCUGAGCAAAUUCAAAACAAGAUAAUCGAACUUAAAGCAAAGUUUAAAACAAUUAUUGCACCGAUUAAACUUUUAUCUUUGUCGACACAAUCCGAGGCAUUACAAUCUGAGCAAAUCAAGUCACCGGAAUUCGAAAGUAGCCUUCGAUCGAUAGAAGUCAAAUUGACUAAUCUUACGCACUUCAUGGAAUCGCGAUCAAGCAGAGAUGAAACUGAGAGUACUAUCAACGACAUCUACACCCAUCUUGAAGAUAAUUCGGAAAUAUCUAAGGAUAUCCAAAAUAAGAUAAUUUCUCUUCAAACUACAUUGAAUGAAUCCAUCGACGCUAACAAACAUCAUGAAAAAAACGCUCUAGAUAAGCUGGAGAAAAUUGUGGAAUUUAACAGAUGUUUCGAUCAAGAUUAUAAAACUAAGAUGUUACCAUCCUUAAGGAAAUCGGAAAAUGAUCUCCAAAGGAUAGAUUCCUUAUUGUCUGAACUGAUCACUUUGUGUGAACGUAUACGGGAUUACACAUGUUGAAUGGACACGACACCAUGGAAAAUAUCAGCAAGAUCUCCGAUGAAAGUAAACCAAAAGCACUGCACUACAAAAGCCCUCUCAAACACAGCGGAUCCGGAAAUUAAAGUACCUAUACCUAUGAUCUGAAUUCAUGCUACAACCGCUAUUCCACUGGAUUUUUGUGCCCUCUAAACAAAUAAAACAUUGUAAUUCACUUCUAAUUUUUAAAAAUAACUACAUAAUAAGUUAGUAUGUUUUGUGAUUAAUUUAUGCAAUCUGUAGUAUCAAAAGUGUGAAUAUUACAUACCUACCUAUAUUAUUAUAAUAUUAUGAAGUAUUCAAAAAUGAAUUCGUUCCCUUUUUGUACACAAAAGUUUACUCUUGUUUCACUCGGCUGAUUAUUAAUUUACUUAUCAUGCUAGCAAAGCUCAGACCUUCAUAAGAUAACGACAAAAAUUUGCAAAAAAAAAUACAAAUUUUGUAAACGAAAAUUAAAUUAGAAAAAAACCGAAAUUAUCAAAUAAAUAUCUACUUAAGAAGGUACUUCGCGUAUAGGCAAACACAGGCAACGUUUCAGAUCGAACUUUGAACGUAGUUUUGAUAGUCAGGAGCACUCAAAUUUUGAAAAUUUUGUAUUUUGGAAAAAAGUACCUAUAGUCAUUGAAUCAAUUCAUAGCCCCAAAAUAUGAUCUAAAUUGACGUUAUAGACAAAAUAAUAUUGCCUUGUUUAUUGUUAAAAAUAGGGGGACUUUUGAAUUUUGAAAAAAAUACCCAUGCAAGCGGGGGGAUUUUUUUUAAAUUUAAUAAUGGUGCCAGGACAUUUUUUUUCAAAUUGAAAAAUAAGUAUACGCAAUACAACUAAAUUUGUGGAUUGAAAUCUAACCUGAAAGGGUGAAGUAAACAGAGUGUGAUUAGUUCAAUUUGUGAUUACAAAGAGAAAAUAUUUCGGCAAUUGACAAUAGCACAAAUUAUACGAAUUAUUGAGCAAUUUCCCGAGGCAAUAGAACGUCCUCUCUUGUACGAUGCAAAAAAUUCAUCCGAAGCAGAGAUGGGGAGAGAGGAAAUUCACAAGCGAGGGAUAAACUAAAUUCUUUAUAUUCAACUUAUCCUCGUGAAAAAGUAUUCCAAAUUGCUUUAUCGACGGAUAUCUUGAAGCAAUUCCUUUCUAACAAGGGCCCACUUUACAACACGAACAACCCUAAAUUGAACUGAAAUUUUGAGUGACUGAAGCAGAUUUGUCGAUUUCUGACGAAUUGCUGAAAAUGGGUGUAAAUCGAAAAAUUAUUAAAAAUCGUCAUGUUUUAAAAUAAAAGCUGCAUAAUUGAGAUACGAGGUGAAGGAAAGAAUUAUCGAAACUUUACCAAAAGAAUGAAGUAUGUACCCUUCAUUGAAUCAAGAUUUACGUACUCGAGUAUUUUUCGUUAUACUCGAUCGUACCUUGGAAUUUUUUAUCGGAAAUUUUGCAUUGAUCGAUUGUGACAUUAAAAUGUUCAAAAAAAGAAAAUGCAGAAUUACCACAGUACGUUGGCUGGUUUUGAAUUUUGAAAAUUAUUACAAAAUGAUGGCAAGAUUAAUAACAAAAAUUCAACAAAAUUAGCUCAACAGCUAAUGACUUGAUGAAUAGGUACUAGGUACCUAUCAAGAAACCAGCAUUCUGCAACACUGCAAGUGCAAACUGGCAAGUGGCAACACCUCCAUACACUGGUGGCUUAAUAAUGCUCGACUUUCGACUUUGAACCAGGUCUAGAAUCUUGAAUCACAGUCAGCUCUGAGCUCAUUUGUCAGUUCUACUCGUAGUUAGCUUUUAUCAGAUGCAGUCUUUUUCAAAUCGACAAGUUAUUUAAAGCUCAUUCGUUAGUGUGUACUGUGUAUUGCUUAUCGUUCGACUGAUUGAAAUUAUCCAUCGUGCAUUUGAUGUGAAUAUUUUUCGUGUAAGUUUUCUCUUUUCCCCAAUGUGAAGCUAGGUUGAAGUGGUGAGGUGAGAUUUAGAAAAUCUUAGUACCAACUUACAUUUUGUAAAUAAAUAACCGUUGAACGUGAAAAAAUUAUGAGUUACAUGUCGUGUUAUGAUUUAUCGGAUCGAAUCGGUGAUUUAGAAAAGCAAAUAUUAGAACGGCAGAACGAAAUGUGCGCGGCUGAAGCAAAAAUAUUUCGCGAAGAUCUAAUGUCCAUUCACGAGACAUUGGUAGAACAUGAAAACAAAUAUAAAACAACUAGCAAUGACUAUACAUCAAAGAUCACAUUAGCUGCGGAUAUGCGCAAGACCCAUUUGAAGACGACAAACCUUAAAAUAACAUUGGCGAAAAUCAUAUCAUCGUUCGAAUCAAAAUCAUCAGCAGAAGCCCAGGUAGGCAAUCAAUUCCAUCCAGCAAAACAGUCCGAAACCGAGAAAAAUGCAGACUUACAAAUCCGAAAACAAUGUUUUUUAAUCGAACGAAUCGAAUCGCUGGAAAUACUCGAUGAUAUUAAUUGCGCAACAAAAGCAGAAGUACUGUACAACCACCUUUGUCAACUUUACGAUUCGUUUAUUUCAAAUCAAAUCCAGAUCGAAGCAGGCACCGACGACGAUACCACUCUCGAUAAUCAAAAAAAAAUUACCACAGAAAUCCAACGAAAAGUAAUCGAUUUUCAAACGAAACUGAAAAAAAUCAUGCAGCCGAUCGCAUCAACUUUAUCGACAGAGUCCAACAUCAAUAUCGAUCGUUCAAUUCAGCCAACACCGAUUGACACCAGCGCCAUAGACUCGUUAUUCCAAAAGCGAGAAUCAUUAUUUAAACGAAUAUCUUUGUUGGAACCUAAAGAUGAUCUUAUAGUCCAGAAAAAGCUGAAGCAAUGUACGAUCAUCUCGAUUCACUCUACGAGUCUUUUAAUUCGAAUCAAACUGAAAUCGAAUCACGAGUCAGCGGCCCAAUACUUGCUAGCCAGUUGGGAAUUUCUGAGCAAAUUCAAAACAAGAUGAUCGAACUUCGAACAAAGUUGAAAAAAAUUUUCGCACCGAUUAAAGUUUCAUCUUCGUUGACACAAUCCGAGACGUUACCAUCUUUAGAGAAAUCGAAAAGUGAUCUCCAAGCGAUAGAACUCAAAUUGUCCGAACUCAUCACUUCGUGUGUAGAUUUACCGAAAUUGCUUUCGGAUGGACGCGACACCAGGGAAAAUAUCAGCAAGAUCUCUAGCUCUCUCAAUGAUUAUUUAAACACAUCUAAGGAUUUUCAAACACAGAUGCGUAAAUUCAUGGACGCUGACAAAAACCGCACUUCUCUUUUAAAUGAUAUCAUGGCGAGAGUAGACGAAUGCAUUGAACUGCAAAAUCAAAAACCCUCACAACCAUCGACGUAUGGGUAUAAUAUUGGUAGUUGGUAGGUCGUAUUGGUAGGUAACUCAUUUAAUUCAAUGAAUAAUUUGCUCACAGGACAAUAUCAAGGUUAAAGUAGGUAUAUACAUAGAUCUGAAUUCAUGCUAUAAUCGCUAUCCCAGUAGAUUUUUGUGCCCCUCUAAAAAAAUUAAAAUAUUGUAAUUCAAUUUUAAUUUUUAAAAAUAGGUAACUAAGUAUAGAUAAUGUUUUAUGAUUUGUAGUAUCAAAAUGUGAUUAUUACGUAUAAUAUAGUGAAGUAUUCAAAAAUUAA